AAAGUAGAAGCACAAUUAAGAACUUGCUCUUGCUCUUGCUGUACAGGAGGAGGCAGUUGGUAGCGCCGAGGGGACCCACAAUGCCUCGCGCCUCUCUCUGGCUCCUCUACUGUGGUGGCCGGGACGCGGGUCUCCACCAUGAAGCUGAACAAGCAUAAGACGGCCUCCCGGCGCAAGAAUAGGGAGCGCUACUUCAAUGCCCCCUCUCACAUCCGCCGCCGGUUCAUGUCUGCCCCCCUCUCCAAGGAACUGAGGCAAAAGUACAACGUGCGCUCCAUCCCUAUCCGCAAGGACGACGAAGUACAGGUUGUAAGGGGUCACUACAAGGGGCAGCAGGUGGGGAAGGUUGUCAGCGUGUACCGUAAGAAGUACUGCAUCUACAUCGAGAGGAUCCAGCGCGAGAAAGCUAACGGAGCCUCUGUCUACGUUGGCAUCCACCCCUCCAAGUGCUGUGUGGUCAAGCUUAAGAUGGACAAGGACCGCAAGAAGAUCAUUGAGCGGAGGGCGGCGGGUCGUGCUGCGCGCCAAGGCAAGGACAAGGAAAAGUUCACCGCAAUGGACACUUCUGCGUAAAAUAAAAAAUGGAUGUAGUGUU